GGGCUCUGACCGGGGGUCAGAUGGGACCAGGGGAGCUGCUGCAGCAGCGGCUGCUCUGCGGUCAGGUCAGAGAGGCCCUGGGUAUCCUGGAGUCCAUGGACUGGAGCAUCAUGGGAGACCAGUGCUACCGAUGCCUGAGCUCAGUCACCAACUACCUGCUGAGGCUGGAGCUGAACGCAGAGAGAGAGGCUCAACUGGAAGCAGCUCUGGGCGUGUUUUAUUCUCCGCCUGCUCCUCUCUCUGAUAGGCUGAUCCUGGAUUACCGGGAGCCAAUCAGCAAGUACGCCCGGCGCUUCUUCCACCACCUCCUCAGACACCAGCGCUUUGAGAAGGCCUUCCUCCUCGCUGUAGACCUGGAAGACAGAGACUUGUUCAUGGACCUCCAUUAUGUCGCCGGUGAUAAGGGCGAGCCGGUGCUAGCGGACGUGGCCAAGAGGAAAGCUAAUGCAAUCGAGGCCCAGGCCGACGCAGGCAGCGAAGAUGUGUUGGGUUCGAGCCUCGGUGACCGACAGACGGAUCGGAACCAAAGUGCAUUAGGACCUUCGUACUCAGGGACACCCACAACACAUGUUGAUGGACGAUUCGGUCCGAGGAGACCAGAAGCAGAGAGUCCCCACGUGACUGUGAGUCCAGACGUGUUCAGGACACUGACACAACCA